AUGAAACAAAAAGGAAGAAAAAAACCAUGGUUACUUUACAAUGUAUCUUUUCCAGGCAUGGUAAUGGCAGAGUUCAGCUCCAAUCGUUGUUUUGAAAAUGAUCACACACAGAGACCUGUUGAGACGGACACCUUGAAGGCGUACUGUACCUUUUGCUUUCGACACGGUUUUGACAUGAAAUCGUGCAAAGGCUGUAUGACAGCAAAGUACUGCGACAAAAAAUGCCAAAUCCUACACUGGAAAAAGCAUAAGCGAACAUGCAAAGCUGCGGGACAAAAAAAUUCUGUGGAUGUAAAAAUGCCUCUUUUAGCGCUGGGUACUACUUCUGUAAUUACCUCUCAUCCAAGUUUGCAACCUGGUGGUCCAGACCACUAUCCUCCUCCUCCAAAGGAUGGUAGUCGUUUUAUUGUAAAGAUACAAACCUCCGAAGAAGGUUUUUAUGGAGACAUUAUAGAUAUGAGAGGGUUCGUAAGUGAUGAACAAGACCCAUAUAAAGCUCAGAUGAUGCUUUAUGAUCUUAGCCGUCAUGUGUUGUUUCAAUUUAGUGGUAAACCACAACUAUAUCAUUUAAUAAUGGAGUGCGGAGUUAUCGGAAAGAUGUGUAAUCUCACAAAGAAGUUGUACUGU